CCAGCUGUCAGCGUAUAAAAAACCUUUAUGAAGAAAACGAAAAGGCGCGCGCGUGUGUUUAUGUGUGAAAAUAAAUAGGCAAGAAAAAAGCUGAAAAUCAACAAAAAGAGAUAGGUCAAAUCGAAUUAAUUACCAAAAGUUUAAAGAAAAACUUCUUUAAAAGUUAAACAGAUAAUUUCAAAGUGAACUUGGAGUAGUGCUAGGCUUGGCGUGUAUUGCUGCUGGUGUAGAAAGAUGCAGCCGUUAGUUUCAGCGCAUUGGCGUUGGCGCUUACUCCGCCUGAUCCUUUGUCUCGCCGUUACAAUGAGCCUGCAAUUGCAACACACGCUGGCACUGCCCGACGUCAUUAAAAUUGGUGGCCUUUUUCACCCGAGUGACGAUACCCAGGAGCUAGCGUUUCGCCAGGCCGUCGAGCACAUAAACUCUGAUCGAUUAAUAUUACCGCGUUCUAAGUUGGUGGCGCAAAUUGAGCGUAUCUCACCGUUUGACAGUUUCCACGCAGGCAAAAGGGUUUGCGGCUUGUUGAAUAUUGGCGUAGCAGCUAUAUUCGGGCCACAAUCUUCAAACACCGCCAGCCAUGUCCAAAGUAUCUGCGACAAUAUGGAGAUACCUCAUUUGGAGAAUCGCUGGGAUUACCGUUUGCGACGUGAAAGCUGUCUGGUGAACUUAUAUCCACAUCCAAAUACACUUGCUAAGGCUUACGUGGAUAUCGUCAAGUAUUGGGAAUGGAAAACAUUCACGAUUAUAUACGAGAACAAUGAUGGCAUUGUACGGUUACAGGAGUUACUCAAGGCGCAUGAUAACUCACCGUAUCCGAUUACAGUGCGGCAAUUGAGUUAUUCAGGGGAUUACAGACCACUGCUCAAACAAAUCAAAAACUCCGCCGAAGCGCACAUCGUACUCGACUGUUCCACCGAUAAAAUUUACGAAGUACUCAAGCAAGCUCAACAGAUUGGCAUGAUGAGCGAUUACCAUAGCUAUCUCAUUACUUCACUCGACCUGCAUACCAUCAACGUAGACGAAUUCCGUUAUGGUGGCACGAAUAUAACCGGAUUUCGGCUGAUUAACGAAAAAGUCGUCUCGGAUGUGGUACGUCAGUGGAGUUUUGACGAUAAAGGUUUACAACGCUCAGCUAAUUUGAGUACGGUGAGGGCGGAGACAGCGCUCAUGUAUGAUGCAGUACAUCUAUUCUCUAAAGCGCUGCAUGAUUUGGAUACAUCACAGCAAAUUGACAUACAUCCCAUUAGUUGUGAUGGACAGAAUACCUGGCAGCAUGGUUUUAGUUUAAUCAACUAUAUGAAGAUCGUCGAAAUGAAGGGACUAACUAAUGUUAUCAAAUUUGAUCAUCAAGGCUUUCGCACCGAUUUCGUGUUGGAUAUUAUUGAAUUAGGGCCGAAUGGUAUACGCAAAAUUGGCACAUGGAACUCAACAUUACCGGAGGGUAUCAACUUUACGCGUACCUACAGCCAAAAACAGCGCGAAAUUGAAGCGAACUUGAAGAACAAAACGCUGACGAUCACAACAAUAUUGAGUAAUCCAUAUUGCAUGCGAAAAGAAUCGGCAGUGCCGCUGUCGGGUAACGAUCAAUUCGAAGGUUACGUUGUUGAUCUGAUACAUGAAAUUUCAAAGGCGCUGGGUUUCAACUACAAAAUUCAGCUAGUGCCAGAUGGCAACUAUGGCAGCUUUAACAAGCAAAAUGGCGAAUGGAAUGGCAUGAUACGCGAGCUGUUGGAGCAACGCGCCGAUCUUGCUAUCGCUGACCUCACCAUUACUUUUGAGCGCGAACAAGCGGUAGACUUCACCAUGCCCUUCAUGAACUUGGGUGUGUCAGUGCUCUAUCGCAAACCUGUUAAGCAGCCGCCGAACUUAUUUUCAUUUCUUUCGCCGCUUUCGCUGGAUGUUUGGAUCUAUAUGGCCACCGCUUAUUUGGGUGUUUCAGUGCUGCUUUUCAUUUUAGCGCGCUUCACACCCUACGAAUGGCCAGCAUAUGCGGAUGCGCAUGGCGAGAAGGUCGAGAGCCAAUUUACUCUCAUGAAUUGCAUGUGGUUUGCUAUUGGUUCGUUAAUGCAGCAAGGUUGUGACUUCUUGCCGAAGGCUCUGUCAACACGCAUGGUAGCUGGCAUAUGGUGGUUCUUUACCCUAAUCAUGAUCUCCUCGUACACAGCCAAUUUGGCAGCGUUUCUCACUGUUGAACGGAUGGACUCCCCUAUUGAGAGUGCUGAGGAUUUGGCUAAACAGACACGAAUCAAGUAUGGUGCUCUUAAGGGUGGCAGUACGGCAGCAUUCUUUCG